AUGGCUCCAACACCAGCAGCCCAGGCCCUCCACCACGCCCGCCGCGCCAUCCCCCCCCUCGCCCUCCUCACCACCCGCGCUCUAUCAACCCGCGCCCUCACCGUCAACGACACCCAAAAAGUAACCCUGGGCGUCAUAGGCGCCUACGUCGUCGCCAUCGCCCUCCUCUGGAACAUCCCCUACGUGCGCGGCAUCCUCUGGCCCUUCAAGAUGCUCGUCAUCGCCUUCCACGAGUUCGGUCACGCCCUCGCCGCCUGCUGCACCGGCGGCCGCGUCAAGUCCAUCUCGCUCGACCCCAACGAGGGCGGUGUCACGCACAUGCUGGGCGGGAAGCAGGCCAUCACGCUGCCGGCGGGAUACUUGGGGAGUUCGCUCGUGGGCGCGCUGCUUAUCUUUUGUGGGUUUAACGUUGUGGCGAGUAAGGUGGCUAGUAUUGUGCUGGGCGUGUGCUUCUUGGUGACGCUUUGGUGGGCGAGGAAGGAUUGGUUGACGUAUUUGACAAUUGGGUUGGCGGUGGGGUUGUUGGUUGCUUGUUGGUUUAUUGCUCAUGCGCAGGCGUUGAGGUUUGUUGUGCUCUUUAUCGGCGUCAUGUCUUCGCUCUACAGCGUCUGGGAUAUCUGCGACGACCUCAUCCUCCGAAAAAUCAACAGCUCCGACGCCAGCCAGUUUGCCCAGCGCUACGGCGGCUCUUCCCAAUGCUGGGGCGUCAUCUGGUCCAUCAUCUCCGUGCUCUUCAUGGUCGCCGGCAUCAUCGCCGGUAUCGCCGCCUUCCCUCAGACCUUUGCCGAGCAGGAUGACGCUUCGAAGAAGUUUAUCCCCACCAUGUAG